AUGAAUCUACCAUCUGUACUUAGCCAAGACACUCCCCAAGUAGAGUUUGCUCGUAUUGUGUGCCGACAACUGGGACUGAUUCUCGAAUGCAUGCGGAGGGAGUUUCAUUGGUUAAAGAACAUGGCUUACGAAAUGUCAGUUUGCUGUCCAAUUUGUUGCACAAGAAUGACAGUGAAAUAUUGUGACACUCAUUGUGUAAGUGACUGCAAGGAGGAAGAAUGUCUGCACUUCUGGUCAGAAUCACAGUUGCUUGAUUGUCAAAGGCCUGUUGUAUGCACCAGGCGUGUUGAUGCUGGAGAAUACAGGGUUGCACUUGAGCCCUUCGCAUCAUGGUUUCCAUUUUUACAUAAAACGGUAAGUUAAGGUUUUGUCAGUGUUCAUUAAGGGUUACUUAUUUCCAUACCAAUGCCUAUCAUCCAUAAAUAAUUGUUGCCUAAGCGCGAUUGGUCUAAACACAUCGUGUGACCGGUUAUUCCCUUGUUAAAACAGGGGAUACCCGACGAUAUAACCCAAUUUUCAAACCUUACGUCUACUACGAAAAGUCUUCGUUAAAAUUUAAUUAUAGAUGAGAGAGGGUUUUUUGGUUGUUACAGAAGAAAUGGAUGUUGUUUUGCAAUUCAUCCACAUCCACGUACCAGAGAACACUGAAAAGUGAAUGUAUGUCACACGCAGUAAACGGUGAGCUAUUCAUUAACAUGUUCUUCGUACGUGCAGGAUAAUAAACACAAUAGCCUCCAUUUGUCCAACGACAAAUAACGUGCAAAUUUUCGCGCCAAAUGCAGGCUAUUGUUCAUUCAUUGUAUCGAAUGUACCAGGAAGGCCAUACUUUAAGGCAAACUUCUUUAGAGAAAAUAUCUACUUUCUCUAAAUCUCAAUAUUUGUGACUUUCAAAGUUUUACUUGUAAAAAUGUCAUUUCACUAUUAUAGCGAUCCCUUCGUGGGAAGGAAAGUAGUAAAGGAUACCGCUAAACUUAAAAAACGAAACUGCGUGUACUAUCAACGAUAGAAUGCAAGAAAACAGUACAACAACAACUUACACAGAGACGAAUUAUUGACAUAAUAAUUAUGAAAUCAACAGAGAGUCACUGGCGAGGGCAACCAGGAAUCAGCUUUACCUUAUACGGAAGGUUAGUUUCUGCAUGUAGACUUUGUAGUUACUGAGCGGUUCUCCAAACGAUGCAUUAGCCAUAAAUUUGUGCCACACGAACGAGAGAGUGUUUCUUACGGUCCCUUGGUUCCGCUUUGUCAUUGUUAUGCAUAUUUCGUCUGUGUCAUUUCAUCAGGUAAAUUAUAUCGAACGUCAAAGUCGUGUUAAACCGGGUUUGAGAUGUAAUUAAAGUCGGAGUGCAUUUCCUUGUUUAAACGCAAUACAGGGGCAUGGUCUACAGUUUGUAAGGAAAAUUGGAAGAGGAAAAAUUGAAACUUGAAGUGUAGGUAUCGUAAUAACAACUACACAGUUUUGGGUGUUAAUCCCGUUGAAGCCUGUUUUUGUUGGACUUUAUUUUCGAACCCACUAAUGUUGCGCAUCAUAAUAUGAAUAAGAUGAUUAUUCUUCUAUUGAUGAAUAUCUUUGUCAAACCCUUGUUGUUUAUAUUUCAAACCAAGCGUGUAAGAUGAACUGAACCGUGAAAAUAUUUGAAGGUAUUGAGCUAAGGUUUUACUUCAUCGAUAUUUUAGGGGAAGGCGAACAAGCCCUUGUCCUCUCCGAUGGGCUGGUUCAAGCCCUUCAGUUGAGGACAAGCAAUGCAGACGAUGUUGUUGCUCUAUUUCACAAAAGUUUAUCAUUGGACCUAGCAUAUUUAGAACAGCCAGAUCCAGAGACAAAGCGUCAAAUUCGCUGCAUUUGUUUGAAAGCCAAAUCUACAGAUAGACUUGAUGUUGUAAAACGAUUACGAGAGAAAGUACCUGCUGGUACAACAGGUAAAGUGUUUGGGAGAUCUACAGAAAACAGACAAUUGGAGUAGUUCGUACUCCUUUCUUUUUAGUAACGGUAAUAGGGCCGAGUGGAGUCCAAUUCGGUCUGUAAUCAUACGAGUGAUAACAAAAUCGUAUGAUUACAGACUGAAUUGGACGACACGAAGUCUUGUUUCCGAUUGAUCAUAAAAAUUACAAUUUCAGAGAAAAGAAGAAUAGCCAAGUUGUAAAAGAAAAGGAACAUUUGCGUUAAUAGACUGACAAAGGAGGCGUAGAUUAUUUAAGGUUGUGAUUGGUUGAUUGAAACUUCAACUUUGAAUGUGAUUGGUUGAUUUAAACUACAACUUGGAAUGUGAUUGGCUUAUUGAACUUUCCGAUUACAAACUGUCCGAUAACAACCUGGCAAGUGAAUUAGUGGAAAAUAUGGAGUUUUUUAAACCAAUCACAAUCGAGGAAAUUGUAAUUGUUAUGAUUAAGAACUUUAUCAGAUUAAUUAAUUAACCGUAUUUUGAUAUGAAAUAGAGAUACUACACUUUCUUCCAUUCGAUGACCAAGCUUAAAAUGUACCAUUUUCUGAAAUGUCUCUACAUACAUAUCAAGCGUUAGAAGGCAAUGCUGAUCUCAGCUUGACGUUUUGGAGUCGGUUAUUUCGAGUCCAAGUCGUCUACUUGAGACUUGUAAACAGCCGAGUAGUAAGCAUCCCGUGAAGACUGCUGUUUAAUUUCUGUUACUCCACUUGAUUAAUUCUUUACAGUAACCUCAAUUAAUACGGAGGUGAAUGAUGCAUAACUUGUUUUGUCUUUAAGAAUGACAAUGAUUUCCUUUUACUUCUUAGGUCCUUUGUUGCCUGAUAUUUGCGACGUUGCAAAUAUUCCCAAUAUUCAAAGAUUUAAUUUGACAAUUGCCUUGAGUGGUGAGCAUACUAUUAUAGUGACUUCAUUGGGAUAAAAUUAGGAAAGUCUUUCAACAACGGUGCCGCAAUUCGCAUUUCAAUUCAUUGUCAGAUCAAAACCAAAGGAAUCACAAGAAUAAGUUAGGAAAGAGGGAAAUGCUGCAUGGGGCGAAUGUGAAUUCAAAGUCAAGACGAAUAAAUAUUUCGCGGGCUGACGCAAAUGAACAAGUCGCGUUUAAUAUUUUCUCAGUUUACAUCUGAUUGGUCCACUUGAUGGCGGGAGUUCUUUAGAUUCGUCGUAGAAAGAAGAAAUGCUUUUGUUUAGCGAUUCCAGAUUAUUUGCGGCACCCAUUUCCUAAUUGAUCCAAAAUGAGCAUAUGCAAAACAAUGCUUUUAAACCGAAGGUGCGUCUAUUUCUUGCUCUCGUGCAACAUAAAUGUGUGGUUAGUAUCACUGUUCAAAUUAUUUGAUGUGCUGGGUCCUACACACCAAUUCACAACAAUGUAUUUAAGAUAUUGGCUUGUGCAUUCAGUAUGGAGUAGUUUCGUAACAAUUCCAAUACUCUAAAAUUUUACUUGGAAUUUCAGGUGGAGAUGAAUGGAAAUUAUUGGCGGAGCGACUGGGUUUGAGUCCGACAGAGAUCCGUUUCCUUGACAACCGAUUAAUAAAUCCUUGUGACGCUGUGUUGGCUUAUGCUCGAGAUAAAGACUUCAUACGCAGUGUGGGAGAAUUAUACGAUAAGCUUGUAAAAUGUAACUUCCCCGUUUGGGCCGAUUUGCUCUAAAGACAAACUUGGAAUCGCUGCUGUCUAAACUUUUGUUUUCCUGUCGUGAAUUCAGAACGACUUCUCCUAUCUUUGCUGGAACUUACCAUUUUUUUUAGUGGUUAAUUCAUAACGCAUGGCAGAUUUUAGAACAGGAAUGGCUCCAGCCUAGUUAAUAUUUUUUCAUGUUUAAAGUGCCAUUACUUUCGUGAAGUAAACGGCAAGUUAAAUCACCUCGGUGUUGAGAUCAUUUUUAUUACUUCAGAAUAUCGGCUGAUGUUUAUGGUAAUUGUUAUUGUUUUACUUAAUUUCUCAAAGAAAAUUUAACACCAUUAUACUAUACCAAGCUUAAUUUGAUACAAUAGACAGUGAUGCAAAGUUAUUCUUCAUAAGAAUAUCCUUUAAUGCGAAGUCUCAAUUCGAGAGUUCCAGGGCUUAGAAAAUUGCAUAGUUGUCAGUAUAGGUGUAUUAUAACUGGCUGCCAUGCAGGUGAAUCUGAAAAAGUCAACAAAAGCCAAUUGCAUUUAGAACAAGGAGCCAGGAUCCUGCCUAAGUGAAACAAUUAGUUUAGGGUAUCGACAUACGCAGCGACAGGAUCUUAGAUAUCGGUAAACCAUGUUAUUUUUGUAAAUGUUAUCGUGAUAUGGCAUCUCAAUUUCGAAUGAAGUGUAGGUAAAACGAUUAUCGCCUAUAGAAGACUUGAGAGUCACGUCAAAAAAUCAUUAAUGAAUUUUAAAAGAAAAAAGCUCUCUCUUUUUUCUACGCAAGCCCA